AUGUGGAAAGAUAAUGUUGAUCAUCGAAUAUCUAGAACAAUCGAUUUCAUUGGGGAUAUGCUUACCGUGAAUGGCGGCCAAGUUUGUAUCUUCAAACAAGGAGACGAGUCAAUACAAUACUUCUUGCAAGGCACCGAUAGCGCUGGACUGAAAGCGCAAGUCGGUCUUGAAGUCUUGCGCGAUUUCACGAACAAGUCGUUGGAAAGGCAACUUGCGGAUCAAAAGCUCACCGGCGCAGACUUGCGAGCUGCUUUGGUAGCGAGUUGCUUCCUGGGGGCUUUACCACCGGUACUUUUGCGUGCAUCCUGA